AUGGGUGAAAUGAAUGAUGAGCUUGGUAACGUUAUCUUAGAGAAUGCUUGUGAUAAUUUUAGUGCAUUUGACAUUCCAAAUAUACUAAAACUAACCGAGAAGUAUCCAUAUGAUUUCAUUGAAGACGAAAAACGAAGGCUUCCGGUUCAACUCGAAAACUACAUUGAUUUUGUGAAAAAAGAUAAACAAUUCACCAACUUGGAUGGUUUGUCAAGUCUUGUAAGACCGGUUAAGGACAACGGACAGAAGGUUGAUAUUAAAGAUCUAGGUGUUGAUGAGAAAAAGAAGUACAAAAAUGAAAAGAUGAUGCUCGAAGCUCAAGAGGUGGAACAAAGAAAGAUAGCGAGAAUGAAGAACUAUGAUGAUAAAAUGAAAGAGCAUUUAAAAUUUCUAGCCGAGAGAGAUAAAGAAAGAAAGAAAAAUAAACAUGAUGAUGAAGAAGUCCGAGUGAUAAAGAAGCAGGACAAAGAAAUUCCAGCUUUCGAGAUUAAAAAGGAAGCUGAUACAGAAAAGGUGUCUGAGAAUUGUGAAAACUGUGAGACUCUGAAAAAACCCAACAAUGAGAUUUAUCCUACACUAGAAGGCAUGAAGGCGUUUGAAGAAGACACAUUUGAAGUGAAGAAUUUCAAAACAAAAGAAGAUACUGAAGUGAAGAAUUCUGAUCAAGAUGAUGAAAGGGUUCCAAAAGAUUUCAGUUGGGAUGAUCAUGAUCCUAACAGAACUUCAGACCAUAAAGCUUUUGUUGCUCAAAUCGUUAAAGAUAGUACUGAUGAAUAUACUGCUGAUGAUUUUUGGGCAGAUAAAAUGAAAGAGCAUUUAAAAUUUCUAGCCGAGAGAGAUAAAGAAAGAAAGAAAAAUAAACAUGAUGAUGAAGAAGUCCAAGUGAUAAAGAAGCAGGACAAAGAAAUUCCAGCUUUCGAGAUUAAAAAGGAAGCUGAUACAGAAAAGGUGUCUGAGAAUUGUGAAAAUUGUGAGACUCUGAAAAAACACAAGAAUGAGUAG